AUGAAAUUUAACCUUUGUUUAUUAAUUCUUCUUCUUCUUCAUCAUUAUGUUUCAACAGAAGAAUCUCCAAAAUUUUGUUUAUGCGUAUUAAAAAGUAUUUUACAAGAAUAUUCUUUAUUAACAACUGAUCGACUUCCACCUCGUUAUCGUCCAUUAAAUCCUGCUGAUAUUGGUUUUUAUGUUGUUCCAUCACGAUGGAAACCAGUUAAUAAUGCAACAUGGUCAGAACUUGCUGCAAUGAUCAAUGCACCAACAGGAAUGUAUUCACAUAUAAGUAUUAAUCGAAAAGAUCCAUUACAAAAUGGUUUACAAUUAAAUAGUCGUCAAACGGCAUAUUUAGCUGAUAUUGUUGCUGAUUAUCAGUCAAUGAUGUAUAAAGUUGAUCUUUAUCAUGAAAAAAUUAUUCAAAAUCACACAAAAUCAUGUUCACAAGAAGUUAAAUCAAAUAGUUUUGAUUCAAAUCAAACAUUCAAUUUCAAACAUUGGUGUGUUUAUUUAUACGUCGAAUGUGAAAAACAUGAACGACAACGAUGGACAGUUGAAAAAGAAUUCAAGAAAGACUAUGCUGCACAAUAUCAUCAAUGUUUUUGGAAUAAUUGUGUUGUUAUGUGGUGUGGGCAUUAUGAUUCGUUUCUUUGUACAGAAAGAGCUCGACGCAUAAGUAAUCAACCAUUGAAUGUUGCAUAUAAUAUGGCAAUCACCUGGUCGAGCAAUGGAUAUAAUUUGAUGAAUGAUAAUUGUGCGACAUUUGCCAACGAUUAUGAUCGUCGAUUACCGUUCUAA